AUUAUUAAAUAAUUUAGGCUGCUGCCGCUCCAUCAUUUCAAAAUUUGAUUUAUCACAUCCUGGAUAUAUUACGUAGACAGCGGUCGAGGUCGAAUAAGUGAUGGGCGGUCGGGCUUCUUUAAACAUCACUGCCCCUUAUAGGUGGCUCAGAUGGUCUCUAUCGUAAUACCGCCUGCUGAGCGGCAGCAGAAUCAUCAACUAGUGUUAUCUCGUCUUGGCGUAUUUAUCGUGACUUAUAUACUGAUAGCACAAGCUGCGUUCACAACAACUGUUCUUUUACUUAGAUUAUGGUGGACAUACCCUGUAAUCACAGUCGUUUGUCUCAUCUUCCAUACAUUGCUACUCGUUAUGGCUUUGUGGUCUCACUGGAUGUGCACAUUGAGUGAUCCUGGAUAUGUUCCACACAUAUACGAUGAGCAGAUUAUUGAAGAUGCGCUACGUUGGGGGUUCACCGAUUGUCCAAAAUGCAGAUCUGUUCGUCCACGGCGGGCGCAUCACUGUAGUGUUUGCAAACGUUGUAUCAUUCACAUGGACCAUCAUUGCCCUUGGGUUGGCAAUUGCGUAGGAUUAUUCAAUCAGAAGUUUUUUAUACAGUACACAGUCUACAUACUAUCGGCCGGGAUUUUUGAAUUAACUAUAAUUACGGUCAUUGCUUUGGAUAUGUACCAUCUGUACAUUAACGAUAUUGACAAACUUCUACAUAAAUAUGGCACGUUAUUAAUGAUUGUUGCACUAGUAAACUAUUUUGUGGCGAUAUUGUUUACCAUGUUCACGCUCACGUUGUUCAUCGACCAGCUGGUAAAUAUCUAUCGCAACAGAACAGCGAUAGACAAACUAAAGAAGGUAGUUACACGACAUCAGACCUUCAUGCAAACAUUGACCCAUGUUUUUGGUUGUCACCCUUGUUAUAGAUGGUUUCUCCCUUUACCGGCAAAGCCUAGGUACAUGGGAGAGUCUCUGACUCCUGCUGAUAUUAUUGCGCUUUCCGUUUUUGACGACACAGAUGCAAUAUUAGCGGAUCGUAACCAUGAGCUCCAGGACAUUUUGCCAGAGUCAUCACCACGAUCUCGAUGGUUGCCAAAGUGCACCUGUUUAUGGAAAAAGGAGCCUAUGAAUAAUGAAGAAUAAUUUAGUUGUAUAUGUUUCUU